UACAGGACUAAUUGGCUAACUAGCCAAUAUACUACAGUCUAAGGUACUUCACACCUCCUUGCCUAGAACCCAGUGCUACAGAUAUUGGCUAUUAUUGGAUUAACUAUGGCAAACGUUGCCAGUGUAAGCCAAUUGGUUGGCUAUGAUUCAGAUGUUUCUGAACAUUCAUCACCUUCCCAAAUGGGGUCAACUUUGGAAUCACCCAACAGCCAGGGACCAUCUCUAAAUGACUCAACUCCAACAAAUGACUCCAAUGACACGCUUAAUGAUCAGAACAGUACUAGAACUCAAGAAACAUCACCAAAAACCAUCCGAAAAACCAGACUUAUGAAUCGAAUAACUGCUGUUACCUCUCCAAAAACUCCAAAAACACUGCAAUCUCAAACUAGGAUUAAAACCAGAGGCAGACCAAGAAAGACUAAAUCAUCAGUGAAAAUACCAACCGACGACAACAAACUUGAACGCCUAGUGAAUACCAUCUCAAAUUUAACUGACAAAAUUGAUGAUCUUUCGAACACCACCGUGGACUUGAAGGACUCUAUGGAAAUAAUGAAAAUCAACCUUAAUGCUAUGCAAACGACCAAUGCUGAUUUGGUGUCUCAAUUGGCAGCAAAAACAUCACAAUGCAAAGAUCUAAAUGAUGAAUGUAUACAUCUUCGCAAGCAUCUCACCUCCUUGAAAUCACAGAAUAGUAAUGAAUCCGAUAAGACACUAGUAAUAGGAAGCUCAAUAAUAAGAGACUUUGAUGAGAACAAGCUCAAUAACACUGAGGUGAAAUGUAUAAGCGGGGGCAAAAUCAAAGACGUCCAUGAACAUUUAUCGAAACUGAAUAAACCAGGACCAAAACCUUACAAGCGUAUCAUUCUACAAGUAGCGAGUAACGAUGCCUCCCAAAAAGAUGCCAAGCCUGAACCAAUCGUCAAUGAAUACAAGCUAAUGGUCACUGGUGCCAAAACUAUAUGUGAUGAAGUCCAUGUCUCCAGUAUUAUCCCCCGCACUGACAAGAAAUCCGCACAGGACGUUUUAGCAGCCGUGAAUGCAGAACUUGACUCUUUGUGCGAUGCUGAUGAGAAGCUCAAUUUCAUCAAUAACGAUAAAACCUUCCGUUUACAGGAUGGCUCCAUCAAUGAUGGCUACCUUGAUAACAGAGGUCUCCAUCUGACUUAUGCAGGUUCUAACAAAUUGGCCCAAAAUAUGCAACUUGAUAGGAAAUUUGAGGACAUUACAAGGCCACGCCCUAAUCUCCGCAAACAGACCCAACCAAACUCGGAUGGCUGGCAGACUGUUAACCAUAAUAGGAAUAAAAACCAUCCUAACAAUGGCACAAACUCUCUUCCAAAUAAUAGGUCCAACAUAACACCAAACAGAUCUGGAAAUGCCACAGCUUGCUUUAAAUGUGGAGAAAGCAGCCACUUGGCCAGUGCUUGUUGGCAUCCUCAGUCCGUGAGGUGUUAUAUUUGUAACCAAUUAGGGCACAAGCAAACCAGAUGCCCAUCACUUAAUGACAAUUUUUCAAAUAAAUACUAGGUUUUGGGCUAUGUCACAGCCAUACCCUCAUUCCACAAUGAUAAGCAUACUCGUUAUUACCGUAACCGUGAAUCAUAUAAUCUUAAAAAGCGAUCGCAUCGACGAGGAGGUCAAAGAAAGCGCAAACGUAAAAACAUAUCUUUUAAAUUCGCCUAUAAUAAUGCCCAACGGUUCGGCGUGGCGAAACAAAUCCAACUCAACCAAAUUCUUCGCGAUCAUAAUUAUGACCUGUUUGCA